UCUGACUUAUCAGGAAAGUUACCUGGGUCAAGUAGUACCUCUAAUUGCCAUGUGAGGGCACUAGUGAGUGGUGGCUACUAGAUAUAAGCCUGAUAACCAUUGAAGAAGUCAGUUCAGUUUGGUAGAGGGAAACCGCAUGGUUCUUCUUGUUUGCUACCUGCUUUACCCAUUUGAAGUCCUGGUUUGAGAACUCAAUGAGUUUAUGCUCAAAUAAAGGACUUGUUAUGAUUAGACACUAAUCACCAUAGUGUCAACCCAUUCUUGUUGUUUUGCAUCGUUUGGCUGAUCUAUUUCAUGUCUACUGGAAAAGAGAUGUUGGAAGCUGGAUUUCAGUACAUUGUAGCAAAGGCACCAAUUUUUCAAUCUUCACCUCAUACUCAUACUGGAUAAUUGGAUAAUAUCAUUGCGUCGAUCUCAAAAAUCCACUGGGUCAUACUCAUUCAUUCACCAUCCUCAUUUCAACUCCUCCAAAGGCUGGACACUGAUGAUAAGUUGUCUAUAUGGUGGUUUGAUUUACAAGGAGACAAAGACUGUUGGUUUCUUUAUAUUGUUUAUUGUUGGGGCAAUUAUAGGCACGUGUGAAAUAAAAUAGAAAAAUUUAUAUUUGUUGAGUGAAGUGGUUUUAUUUCAGUACCAGUCGAAAUUCUGUUGAACCUCCUCAGAGUAACACCAGAGAAAGAAAGAGAGGUGUUACAGAAUGGCGCCCGAACAGGGACUAAUUUAAACUUUUAAGGAAUCCCUUGUAUUAAAUAUAAAUUUCGACGGUACUGAAAUCCCUUCAUAAGCAAGUAUCAUAAACUAGCUAUGGAAGAGGGCACACCAAUCAUUGAUUAUUCAGAUGGAGCUUUUGUUCGUCGCAGAAGCUCUGUAGCGAAUCUUAUAGACACUUUUAGUGAGUUGUAUUUAGAUUCAGAGGAAGAAAGAGAGGUGUUUCCAGAGCAGAGUGAUGAGCAUGUUGUUAGAUCUGUCGACUUCCCAUUACCCCCUCCUCCACCUGAGUUUUACCAAGAAGAACUGCAGUUAGACAAUGAACAAAAAAAUCAACGCAUGAGCAGUAUUGAAGAACAUCUGGCUGAUCUUGAGCACCGAGUCAGUGAACUUGUCACCACAGAAUCAAUGGAUACGGAGUUUAAGGCCUGGGAAGACAGGAUUAACUACGGUUUUCAGAGAGAGCUGGAUCGGGUUAAAAAGCAAUGUUAUACCAGAGUUGAUGAAUUGAGUCAGAGCAUUGUGGAUUGUUUAAAGCGGCGAGAUAAACAGCUAGAUCAACAAUUCAAAGCUAUUAAGCCCAUCAUGUCCACUCCAGUAUAUUCUAGCACUGCUACUUCUCAUAAGUCUCAAACACCAUCCCAGAUUGCUUCUGUUUCACAAGAUGCCACAAAGCAAGUAACAUAUCUUUCUUCAUCAUCUCCCCUACCUACUGUUAAGCUGGAAUUGCCAACUUUUAGCAAUUUUGAUUCAGAAGACCCUAUAGAUUUCAUCGACCGUUUUGAAGAGUAUAAAGAACUGAGACCUCUGCAUCAUGAAGAAUUGUUAGCAGCAUUAUCAGUAAGUCUGAAAGGAACUGCAAAGAGUUGGUGGAGAGCAGAGAAGCAAAAUAUUACAGGGUGGACCGCGUUCAAAGAGAAGUUCCUUUUUUCAUUUUUGAAUGAAGAUCACCAGGAAGUGGCUGCUCAGAAGUUGGCAAAUUACAGACAAAGAGUUAACGAAAGUGUAAGAGACUUUGCUUUCAACUACCGAGCUAUGUCACUAAAGAUUAACCCUAGAAUGUCUGAAGAGGAGCUUGUACAAGCAACUUUGAGAAACUGCAAUCCUCGCUUGGCUUCACUGUUGAGGGGAACAGUAAAAACAAUUGAUGAUCUGGUUCGUCUCGGCACACAAAUAGAGAAGGACUGGGUGGAGAGCAAGAGAAGAUGGAGUCAAGGUAAAGAUGAGGAGCAGAAGAAAAAAUCUUCAAGUGGAAAGGAUCAACCGAAUCGUCUCAUGUUUAUUGAUCCCACGUUUAGCUCGCAAUGUAACAAUGUACUACAAGCUCCUAUAAUUUUAAAUCAUUCGUACUUCAAUGCAGUAAUUGAUACAGGAAGCACCUUUUCUUUGUUGCAACAUAAAGUAUGGCAGAGACUGAGGAGGAGGGAUGAGCAAUUGACCAGAAGUGCUCAAACGUUCAUGCUCGCUAAUGGCCAGAGUCAGAAAACUCAGGGUAAAAUACUUUGGAAUGUGAAAUAUACGGAGUAA